AUGAACGCGACGGAGAACGAUACCGGAACGUGCAAACUUCCCAGAGGCUUUGAACUGGCCUCGAACGUUCCGAAAGACGCGGCCGUCCACUUUGGAAAUUUCUACGGCGUCCAAAAAGGAUCGAUACCGCAAACCGGUAAAACGAAAAAUUCUUUCGAAUCUGCUUUUUCGUCGCUGAGAACCGCGCCGAGGCUCGAGUUCACCAGACAGAUGGUUCACAAAUUAGAACGAACAGCCGGCACCGAGGAAUACGCGCGACAAGUGUCGGCUUUGUUGGAGGAGACGGUGGAACCGCCGCAUUUCAAGCUGCAUUCGGUACCGGCCGAGAAUUCAAUUCCCGAUGGGAGACAGAACCCAUCGGGGUAUCCGUUGUGGUACAAGGAGCCUUUUAAGACGCCGUACGCGUCCGACGAGAUUUACAAACUUCUGAUGGAGCACGAUAAUACUUCGGGAAACGAGAAAGACAUUUUCGGGGAGGAAUCUUCGGGGAAAGAAUCUUCCGAGGAAUUCAGCGACGACGAGGAAAUUAGUAAGAAAGUUCACGGGAUCUACGCUCCAUAA